CGACAAUCUUAAUUACCAGGGUUAUUGUACAAUGCCUAGGGUGCAUAGUAAUAGUAACGACAACUCGGUAUUUUCAUGCUUUCAACAACAAGAUGAAUUACAUCAGCAACUCUGAAUUGAUCAAAAUAAAGUGAGAAAGAAAAAAGGGAAAAAGGACAAAAUACGAAUGCAGGGUGUAUGUCAUAUCUACUAGGUUAGGUACCUACUUAAUACCUAGCAUCACCUAGCAUCACCUUCAUACUUGAACCGACUCGACAUUCACAAUACCUACCUAUCACGGCGGAUCGUGGCUUUACCUACUUGGAUCCAUGUGUCGUUACGAAUGUCUCGGUUCCAUAAUUCUUCUAAUCCAAGAUAUUAACGAUAAGAUCCGGUCUAAGAAGCCUCCACAUGCAUUACAAGGUCCUUCUCCUCCACAAUGCUCCAUGAGAUCCUGCUCUCCCUGUCGGGGCACCCCUCGCCUCUACUCAGACACGACUAUACACAUUCCGCAGCACAAUCCAUCUUGUCCCCGCCAGAGCGAGAGCUACUGAAGACGGCCGGACACCUAAGUGAUCUUCACUGCAAGCUCAUAAGCUAUACAGCUCAGAUAAGCGCUACUCAUCCUUCUAUCAUUUGCCGCGCCGUAUCAACCUCCAUCAACUCAAUCUAUCUCGCUGCAUUUCAGAGGAAGGUAUUAGAAGUAGAAGAUAGCAUCCUUCGAAAAGAUGCUUCUCUCGUAGGCGCUUACAACAUUGUGCCCUUAACCGCCGUCAUUGGUGAAUUCUCCGGUUGGACCCGCCGGAUGGAAUGGUUGUGGGAUCUGGUACAAUUUAUGCUCAAGGAAGACGGCGGCUCACCUUGCCAGGCCGCACAGCUCAUCAAUAAACUGCGCGAUGAGCUUCAGACUGGCUACGCCGAUGUUGGGGAGGCUGCGCUUAGUCUUAUCAGAGUAGCAGAAACCGCCUGGUUGAAGCAGGUUUCGGCCUGGGUCCUCUAUGGCCGGAUUCCUACGUUAGGAAAUGUGGAUUUCUUUAUUCGAAAGAACGAAGAUGACGAACGGGGCUUCUCAAUCGAGCAAGGUUUAUUACCGACAUUUGUGAGGCUAUCGACGGCUAAUUCGAUGCUAUUCAUUGGAACCUCAUUGCAUCGGGUCAAAACUAGAAGCAGCAUAGAACCAAGCAAUAAUGGACUCGACCACCUCUCAUCCCAACUUCAAACUUUUGCCGAUUUAUCGUCACCCCUCAAUAGCGCAGCUUUUUCCAGAGCCAUCACGUCCAUCCGGCUGACGUUGUCUCGGACGACCUUGCAGAAGCUGUUGCCGUUAGCUAGAGUUAUUGAGAUGCUGACUCUAUUUCGAAAUUUCUUUCUACUCGGCCGAGGCGAAUUUGCGAUGGCCCUUACACAGCAAGCCGAUGAAGUAAUCCGUAGUCGAUGGCGGCGCGCUGACAAUCUUGCUUAUGAGAAACGGUACGGGCUCAGCAAUGUGACAGUUAAAGAAGGUGAGGUUUCCGCGGUUCUCACCAAGACCUGGGCUUUAUUAGGCUCUAUGCAAGGCCAGCAUGCCGAAGAAGACGAAGAGCUCGAAAUAGCAAGAGACGUGCUGCGCCUGAAUCUAUCCAAAGCUAAAGCAACAACGCCGAUGAAGGGAAAGUCUAGUACAAGUAGCUACAAACAACCCAGCGGCAUCACUAGCACUCCAUUCCGAAACCUCCUCUUCUCUGUCCCUGUAGUUCUCACAUCGCAAAUCCCACCACCACUAGACCUAUUUUUGACUGCGUCUGACGUUCAAAUCUACACGUCCAUCAACUCAUACUUACAAUCGAUUCGCCGCUCUCAUCUUCAUCUUACAGACUUAUGGAAAAUAACCUCCCUUCGCCGUCACCAUCCACCACCUCCUCGGCCCCCAUACAGCAACACAAAGGGGGGUAUCGCAAGAACUCGUACCCUUCGUGAGCGAUGGUCCGCUCGUUCUUCUACCAUGCGAAGCGCGUGGAGCACAAGCAGCGCAGCAAUAUUUUUCUUGGCUGAAACCGAAGCAUACCUCCAAGUUGAAGUCGUUGAGGGUCUCUGGGACGACUUCCACCAGUGGCUGGUGGCGGGACAACACGACACGACGCCCUCUUCAUCCAGCGAUCCUUCGACACAUCAUACCAAUACCUUCGACAAGGAAGAGAACAGACAUUCUGACCACAAUGACCCGGCUAGUCCGUCCAAUCUAAACGAAACCCCGACAAAACCCAACUCAGGAACACCACAUCAUGACCCAGAAACCCUCGCCACAGCCCACCGCCUUUAUCUGCGCACUCUAACGCGACGCCUCCUUUUAACCCAACCCUCCUUCACAGACGCACUGUACGAGCUUCUCGUGCAAAUCGACCACCUGGUCGCCCUCGUGCACCGGCUCCACGGCAUCUGGACUUCAAUGGAUCUCGAGGCCGACGAGGGUGUCGUGGAUGCCUUCUCCGACCUCGGCGCUGAGGAAGCUGACGUGCGUGUCAAUAUCCGCGACGUGGAGCGUAAGGUCAAACUCAAUGUCGAGGGUGUCGUGAACACCCUCCGCACGCUGAGCAUGGACUCGGCAUUCAUGGCUGAGCUCGAGGGAGACGAUGACGAAGAUGGGGGGCCGGACGGUGACGGCUCGGGCCUGGGACCCGGAGCGGGGCUUGGCGAUGAUGUAGGGGGAGUAGACGAGGGAACGGGGUACGCGCCAAGACGCACGGGGGGUAUCGAUAGAUUGCUGAUGAAGCUGGAUUUCGGCGGGUGGUUCGAUGCCGGAAAGACGCGUGGCAACGAUGGGAUGGUGGAUUUUGACGAGUUUUGAUGACGGGGGGGAUGUGAGAUCGUUUUACCUACCUAGUUCAUAUAGGUGCCUGCCUACCUACCUGCUUAGGUGGGUAGUAGAUAAUAGGCAGGUAUGAAUAGUAUGUCUAUGCUGCCUAGGAAUUGGAACUUCUAUUAAUAUCACCACCACUACUACUCCUACUACUAACUGCUACUGUCUACCUACUCCGUCAUAUCCGUUCUUCGUAUGAGCUAGAGGAAGAUCAUCAUCGUCGUCAUCGUUGUUGCUAUCAGUUCGUGGACGGAUGGAUGGAUGUUUAGCUGUAGGCUUCCAGUUGGCUGGCCUAGAUUAAGUACCUGGACUCAAGAAGAUACCUCGAGAUAUCAACUUAUACUUCAAUGUCGAUCACUCGGUACUAGGGAUGGUAUAACAAAGAACGACUGCAUACAUGCUAUUUAGAGAACGUGUUCAUCUACCUAUCUGUUAUGGUGGGUAGGUAGGUAGGUAGGU